AUUAAAUACAGAAGAAUCAGUCGCUAACGAAUUUCUAAGCGAGCAAGAUGAAACCAAGUGAAAAGUUCAACUAUGGUGUCAGAAUAAAAAGUGAACCCGUUGAUGUGUCAUUUACUGAUAAUGAGUACGAUAUCAUUGACACGGCACUCGACGUUAAAGAUUUUCAAUUCCUCAAAUGUCCGCAGGAAAAUCCUGAACAUAUGCUUCCAAAAUCCGACGAAAAUCAUAAAGGUGAACUAGACGAGAUAGCAGUCGAGUUUGAAUGUCAAUAUAUGAAGCUCAACGUGGAUUUAUUAGCAGUUGCGAAAAUUGAAAAUUGGUCUCAAAGUCACUCCCCGGCUAUGAAAAAUAGUAACGAUUAUCAAACUCAAGACAAUAUUAAAAUAGAAACUUUGGGAGCAGUAAAAAAAGAAUCAUUUGUGGACGACGAAAAACAAUUGAAUAUUGAUUUCGACUGUGGUCUCAGCAAGCCAAGUGAGGAAAACAGUGUCACAAAAGAGUUGAUCGAUGACCAUAGACUCGAAACGCAAACCAUAACGACGCGUAGUAGUACUGACAUUGCAUGCGAGAUAUGCAGUAAAAAAUUCUCAAGGAAAUAUUGUCUCAAAAGUCACAUCGUUUCGGUGCAUCAUAAAGUCACUCAUGCAUGUAAUAUAUGCGGUAAGACAUUUUCAACAAAGGAUUAUCUAAAAAACCAUACCAUCGCGGUGCACAAGGGUGUCCCAAAUGUUUGUGAUACACGCGGAAAGUCAUUUGCUGCUAAAAGCUGUCUCAAAGUUCACAUCGAUUCGGUGCAUCACAAAAUCACUCACGCAUGUGAUAUAUGCGGAAAGUCAUUUACCCAGAAAGGUAGUCUGAAAACCCACAUCGUUGCGGUGCAUAAAGAAAUCAAACAUACAUGUGAUUUGUGCGGAAAGAUGUAUACUCGAAAGGUUUUUUCUCAAAAGACAUGUAAAAUCUUCCCAUGAGGGUAUCAACUACGCAUGUGAUAUAUACGGAAAAUCAUUUACACAAAAAAAUAAUCUCAAACUUCACAUCAGGGUGAAGCAUGAAGGUAUUACUUGCGGAUGCAAUGUAUGCGGAAAGAUGUAUAAUGAUAAGAGUGGUCUCAAAAGGCAUGUAAGAUCCUCCCAUAAAAGUGUCCCCAACACUUGUGAUCAAUGUGGCAAAUUGUUUUCACAAAAAAGUAAUCUAAAAGCCCAUAUCGUUAUGGCGCAUCAUUAACGCAUUAUGGUCUGAUUAACGUAUACAAUUUAUAUGUUCAAUUGUAUUAAAAAAACCCGAGGCGUGAUCUAGUAUAUUUACUCAGAAGACUACUUUAAGCAUUUUCAUU